UUGGUGACAAUGACCGGACAACACAUCAUUUAUCUUCAAACGUUGACACAUUUGUCUGACAUUCUGAUUUCCCAUGUAAAGUGGCUCACUUCCUAAAACAAACUCCCCCAACACCAGCUUUCUCACAAGGCCAUCACCAGAUCAUUACCAAUUAAGAGAAGCAAAAGUCAAAAUGGGUGAUGAACCAGUCAAUGUGAAGGAGUAUCAAGAAUUGGCGAAACAAGUCCUCCCGAAAAUGUAUUACGACUACUUUGCUGGAGGAUCUGAGGAUCAACACACACUCAGAGAAAAUGUUGAUGCAUUUCAAAGAAUUAUUAUUCGGCCAAGAAUUCUUGUGGAUGUGAGCAAAAUAGAUAUGUCAACAACCAUAUUGGGUUACAAAACUUCAGCACCAAUUAUGAUUGCUCCAACUGCUAUGCAUAAAUUGGCACAUCCUGAAGGAGAGAUCUUGACAGCCAAGGCAGCGGCUGCAUGUAAUGUCAUAAUGGGGUUAUCUUUCAUGUCUACAUGCACAAUAGAGGAAGUUGCUUCCAGUUGCAAUGCUGUUCGAUUCUUUCAGUUAUAUGUCUACAAGAGACGUGAAAUAGCCGCUCUGAUGGUGAAAAGAGCUGAAACAAAUGGAUUCAAAGCUAUUCUUCUUACGGUUGACACUCCUAAACUUGGUCGUAGGGAAGCCGACAUAAAAAACAAAAUGAUUGCGCCUCAGCUGAAGAAUUUUGAAGGUCUCAUUUCAACUGAAGUUGAUGAUAAUAAGGGUUCAAAUCUUGAAGCUUCUGCAUCCAGGAACUUUGAUCCUUCUGUAUCUUGGAAGGACAUUGCUUGGCUAAAGUCCAUUACAAAGUUGCCGAUAAUGAUCAAGGGUGUACUUACCCGUGAAGACGCCAUUAAAGCUUUGGAAGUAGGAGUUGAAGGAAUCAUCGUCUCUAACCAUGGAGCUCGCCAGCUAGAUUAUGUUCCCGCCACCAUUUCUGUUCUCGAAGAGGUGGUAGAUGCGGUUCAAGGAAGAGUACCGGUUCUGUUUGAUGGAGGAAUAAGGCAAGGAACGGAUGUAUUCAAAGCUUUAGCUCUCGGUGCAGACGCGGUUAUGGUUGGGAGACCGAUUGUGUACGGGUUGGCAGCGAAGGGGGAGUAUGGAGUUAGAAGAGUGAUUAAAAUGUUGAAGGAUGAACUCGAGCUUACGAUGGCUCUUUCGGGUUGCCCCACUCUCAAUGAUAUAACCAGGAACCAUGUCAGAACCCGAGUCGACAAUCACCAUUGUAGACUGUAGUUCCAAAUAAUCUUAUCAAGAAUCAUGUGAUUAGAAUAAUAUAGAUGGGUUGUAUGACAUUUUGAAAUAUAGUAUUUUUAUAUGAAACCAAACAUCAUAUAAGGAAAAAUUACAAGUUUUGUCCUUUA